AUGGCUGAUCGUACGAAAGCUUCCGAACAACUUGCGGACUAUGCAAAGAGUAAGAAGGUAGGCAGCAGAUCUUUCUCUCGAGGGAGUGUUGUUUUAAAAACUUAUUUAUUUACUUUUAACAGACCUUGUCACGCGUGACUUGCCUUUGAGAAUAUCCUUGCGUAUAGCAGAGCGAUUCGUGCGAAGACAAAUGCUAUCCCAUUGCAAGUCUUUGUAAGAGUUUCGAGAGCACUCAACAAAGCAGUGACAAAGGUUCAGGUUAGACAACUGCAUACCAGGGCAUGCAACGUACGUAUUUCCUUGUUCUCUGGCCCUUCCACUUUCCAACGCGUACAAUUAAAAUGGCUGAUUGCAAUGCGGUUUGUUAACUGAGUAUGUUAUUAAACUAAUAUUCUAUCUUCUAGCCGUGCCUGAUGGCACAUGAUAUACCUUUAAAAUGAUAUCUCAGAUAAUUUCGCAAAUAAUAUCUAAGGUCUUUGUUAAGGAAAUAAAUCGGUGAUAUAUAUAAAACACCUAUAUUAGCAGUUGAACCGAAAGACUGAGAUAUUUUCGGUUAAUAUCUUCCUCGAUAAGGGAUUUUAAAAAUAGAACGAUAGUUAUAGAUGGUAUUUAACUGAUCUCGACAGAAAGCACUAGUUUUUCUCCAGUUACAGCAAUCCAUAUGGGUAUGUGAUUCCCGGUCCGCCGUCAGAUGCAAUUGAGGUCACCCUCGGCGAUUUAGGCCCUUUCUUAACGGGCUUAACUACUUUUUUUAAAAAAAAAAAAAAAAUGAUACAUCUGCUCAACUUUCCUCUUAAUUAUAAUGAUAGUUAUUACAAGUUAGUAGUAUAUUUUUCAGGCGAUGUUACAUAACACAAGAAGCUCCUGAUAAAAGAAAAAAAUUGGCCUUCUUUGACGAUCAUCGCCAAAGACGACGUGGAUAUCAGCGAAUAUUCGUUAUCAUUGCCCUGACUUGAAUCAGACUAAGUCAAAAUAUUUGUAGAACCUCAAAAGAUAAGAAUUAUUUCAUUUCAAUGACGCAGCAUUGGCACGAGAGAUGCCUAGAUCCCUUUAUUACAAAUUAUUUUGUUAAUUAUUUACAAGAGUGCAUUUAAUGCUAGGAAAAUUUCCAGGGAUGGAAAUUUGAAAGAUUGGAAGCCCAAGUUUAUACAAAGGUCGAUGAACGUCUACUAUACUUUAUGAACAGAACUUCCUGUUUUCUGUCAUCUAAUUCUACUGCAAUAUCAGACGCAGCUCUGCUAAAGUGCCUAGCACGAAACCAGUUCAGUUCAAAAAUGAACUUGAAUUUUAUAUUAGACGCCCAUGUUUAAAGAAAUUACUCCCGCACGCUCUUAAACUAUACGUGAGCUGUGUGUUUUGUCUUUGGGUUAAAUGUAAAAACUAACAAACUGAUACAGCCGCAACAGAUAUGUGAAUGGUUGGCUAUCAUUUCCCGAUAUUGAACGUCAUUUUGGUUGUGUCAAAGUCCUUUUCAAAAAGAAAAAGGGAAGAAAAACUGAUAGGAAAAAUCAUAACUGACCAAGAUAAAUUAAAUGUAAGUUAUCCUGGUGUAAUCUAUCCGUUUUACAAGGUCUUAACAAUUUUUCAAGAACAGUGCGGUGUCAAACUUAUCGUGGUUAACAAUAUCAAGGCGUUAGUCAGUUUUGUGCAUCAUAUAACAACAACAAUAAUAAUGAUAUGGGAGUUUCAUGGCCAGUUAAACUUGUUUGAAUGUACUAUGCUUUACUAACUUUUGCAGCAAAAUCGGACUUCGAAAAACUCGGCUAUAUCUCAGUGGCUAUUUGUUCUUAGGUCAUGAAAUGUUUCAUACUGUACGAGUUCCUGUUUAAAUUGCAUUUUGCAACGAUAAGAAGUCACUUUUUUUUUCACUUUAGCCUCUAGGAAUGGACUUAAAAAAACAAUUGAUUUUAUUAAUCGGUCCUUAUUUAUGACGUCAGUGUCCACAAAAUUUAAUGCACAAAAGAGCACAUUUUACCGUUGCUCGGCUUGUUAUAUAAUCGUUCAGUUACAUAACUAGGUAUUGUUCAUUGUGCUGACUCUCUCUUUUCGCAAAUACACCUGCACCCUUCGAUCUUUUUCUAACGCCUUAAGUCAACUUCCCCUUUUAGGUACGGAAACCUUUCUUUACGACAGUAACAAGUAGACUGCCCUAAAGUGCGUCUUCUUGAGAGCUGACAAUUUCAGGAAGCUCUUUCAAGAAGAGGUCCCAAGACAUACGUACGUUACAUGUUGUCACUAAAAGUUCUUCCCAUACUCUUGGUAGCGUAGUACCCAUACUGUGAACAUAUAUAGAAAAAAUCAGACUAUGGGUUAGACGGUCGCCGAAAACUGAAUGGCAAUGGAAAACCGUCAGCCCAUAAAAGGCCGUAGUGGCUUACUAUAAGUGCUUAAUGUCGCGAGGAUCCAGCCACAGGGAUUUGACUGGGAAAUUUUGGCGUUUUGGAGAGAUCUAGGUAAGGAACGCUUAAAUGGGAGGUGCUCACUUAGAGAGGCGGGUUGCACGUAUCAGUCUGAACUCUAAUUUCGAGCUGAGGUACUUGUGUUUUGUUUAUUUGUUUGUUUACUUUGGUUUUUUUUUGUGGUUGUUGUUAGAGCAGGAACAUAUUACUUUCUUAGGCUGUGUACACCUGCCCCCUACCUACAGGAAAAAAUCGUUGGUUUUCCCGAGGUUUUCGUGGUGGAGGGGUCGGAGGCUAUUUACUUUCUCUGUAUGUUUUAUCAGAAACAUAGUUAGCCAAUAUAUGACUCUCCCCGCCCUAAGUACGUUAUGACAACUAACCGUGACCAGUAUGACAACUGACCUUUAAAACAGUUUGAUAUUAUGAAAAAGCAAUUAUCUUUAAUCCAUGCCUAGCUUUGGUACCUACCCGCUAACCUAACAGGUUCCUACCUAUAAAUUUUUCUGUCAAUCUCUGCUAGCACUAUUUCGAAAAACUUGAAUGUGUCGGAACUUGGAGGCGAUGCCAAUAUUAACUGCCAAACUAAGUACAUUAAGUAUGAUAAGUGGUCUCGAGUGAGUGACAAUUAAAAUAGCUUUUGCAAUACUAUAUGUACUUGUCUGGUCAUGCAAAAACAGCUCGUUGUUGUUGAAUUAAAGCCUUCGUCUGUGCGUGACAUGUCAAAUAUCAAAUGUGCAAAGCAGUUUCACGGUGGGGUUUAAACGUGACGACGUCACUUAGCCUGGGAUCUCAAAGGCUCUGCCACGCACGAAGAAGGGGUGUUUGAAAGCUAAAAAAAAUCUCCGAAAAAGCCGCCAAAGAAUGGCCAGCAGAACAAAAGCAUCGGAACAGUUAAGUGAUUUUGCUGCGGCAAAAAAGGUUUGUGGCAAUGUUCGUUAUUAUUUACUAAUUUCUUGUUUACGUAUUUGUCUUGGAGGGAUCGACGCCACCAGUGAAAAGAACAUCGUACGCUUGAUUCUCUGUUUGACAGUUUUUUUUACUUGGCCUUUGCUUCAAGUUUGGAAGGAAAAACUCUCCCAGAUUGUUACAUAGCGCGUGCGCAUCUUUUGCUUUUGCUAGUUUAUUGCGUAUCGUUCGCGCGAAUGUAUCGAAUGCUCGGAACCUCUUCAGCUGAUCGAGACCUCCCAUAAAACUUAAAGAACGACAUUCUUCGACCCGUGCAUUUACGUCGCUAUAAAGUAAAAUACCGAUAAAGUGGAAGAGAAUGUAUGCUGAUUAUGAUGAUUUUCACUCGGAAUUUCAAUGCCUUCGUCAGAGGAACUUGCAAAACGUCACGAUUCAUGAAUCAUUUCGAAACACAAUACGACAAAAAAUCUCGAAACUGACAAGUAAAUUGCUCAGUUUUUCAAAGCGGCCUAGGAGUAAGUUCUAUGGUUCCUUUAGUUGUAGCUCGUUUAGUUGUUUUGUCCAUUCCCCAUACCAGCCACCAUUGAUUUUAUUGAAUUAUUUAUUUGUGUUUGCUCUGUAUGUUCGCUUUCUUUACAUAAGUCGUCAGAGAGGUAAGUCGGUCAGUUUACUUUUCAUUUCGUCAUGCUUGUUACAUGAAUUUGAUGUAGUGACUUUCACAGCGAAGAGACGCCUUCGGGUGCUGGCCCUUACUACGCCUAGAACACACCUCUCAAAACAUCUCGUGACCUCCAACAUUGACACAUAAGAUUUUUUCCACUCAUAGAUGGCAGGAUUACUGCUUAUAAUCCUGGCCUAUUGUCAUGUUUUAGACAAAUUCGUGCGAGCUCUGCUAUCCUGAUCUCGGCCUUUAAAUUCAAGGCAAUUUGUACCAAGUAUUUGAUUAAAAAGAUAGCCCUGAAGAAGUUACGAAAUUUCCGUGACAUCGAAUAGCUAAUUAAUAUGCACCGAUUAGGUAAAUAGCUAAGCCAAUCAGGAUCAUUGUUUGAUCUAUGACGUUAUAUCGCUUAGCUAUAUGUCACGAAUCGCACCAAUCGCACGACUCAUCUGAGUGAAACCUUAAUAUUCACUAUAAAACAUUGAACAUUCACAUUUUAUCUCAUUUUUUUUUUUGGGGGGGGGGGGGGGGGGACUAAAAAAACAACAAAUGUUUGCAAAAUGAAUGUGGCGUGAAUCAGACAAGACAUAAGGUACGAGACAGAACCAUACAACACUGAAUAUCAUAUUCGCCUUUCCUGCCCGCCCACAACGAUAACCGUAACUAACAGGAAAUAAAUACACCUACGGACUGACACUUUUAUCUUUAAUUGAUGAUAAUGGUCGAGGGAUAUGCAAAUGCAAAAAUUAAUAGCAGUAUUCAGGAACCAAUCGGCUCCUGCAGGAUUUCAGUGAUAUUCUGAAAAGGUUAUUAUUGCCACUAAACUUGCUCUCUCAGUUAUGUCAAUAUAGCUUAAUUAGCAAAUGGGGCAACAGUAUAAGGAAGUUACUGGAAAAAAAAAAAACACGAUAGUGCACUGAAACAAAACCGCAUGGACUAAAACAGCUGAGGGAUUCUGUAUAUCCCAGUAUCAGUUGGCAUAAAUGUAUCCCAUUAAUCCUUAUGCCUUGUACCCCAAUACUCAUUCUGACGUCCUUUCGAAGGAAGGAGAAGCUUUUCCUCGGUCAGACUCCCUAACUGAGCUCAAACUUGUCCAUCUCAUUUGUGAGUCUUGCUCUAGCUGUUUACCUUUAGGUAUCGUUCAAUGAACCUAUUGUCUUUUUUGCAUCAAUCAAGAAAGGUCUUUUUGACCCCUCGACAUCUCAGAAUUUCUAGUUUAAGUAAAGCUGUAUACACGUGAUAUCCCAGAAUCUCAGUAUCCCUAUGUUUUUCUCUUUUUGACAAUCAUGGACAUUCUUAUAGGUCUAAAUAUCCCGUAUCUCGUCAACUGUUUUUGCCCCAAAAUCUCGUCCCUCUGUUUUAUGUCUAAUAUUGGACCCUAUCCCAGCCGAUCCCUAAUAAGACCUUAUUUUGGGUUCUUCCAGACAUCAGACAUCUGUACCACUGGAUAUGGUGCUCCCAUCGACACUAAGACCGCCACCAUGUCAGUGGGACCCCGCGGACCCCUACUGCUGCAGGAUGUCCAGUUCCUGGAUGAGAUGAGUCAUUUUGACAGGGAGCGAAUCCCCGAAAGAGUGGUACACGCCAAGGGCGGUGGAGCGUUUGGGUACUUUGAAGUUACUCAUGACAUCUCAAAGUACUGCAAGGCCAAGAUCUUUGACACCGUUGGAAAGAAGACCCCAUGCUUAGUUCGCUUCUCAACAGUUGGUGAGUGAAUUUACGACCAAAAUUCACUGAAUUGAUAAAACCAAUCUUUCGGCUAUAAAUUUGUUGUUUCAUUCGUUAAUAUAAAGAACACCCGAGGAAAGAAAAACAACAUGUUUACUCGUCUUAUAUGCCUGAUAACAAAAACUAAUCAGACAUAUUAAAUGCUUAAAGAUACUUUAAACAAAGUUCGUUAUAGUUAUUAAUUCUGGGUUUAUUUUCAGGCGGUGAAUCUGGCAGUGCCGACACGGCCCGUGAUCCCCGUGGUUUUGCCAUGAAGUUCUACACCGAGGAAGGAAACUGGGACCUAGUUGGAAACAACACCCCCAUCUUCUUUAUCAGGGAUCCAAUCUUUGUAAGGACAGCAUUUCACCCUCCUUAUCUGCAAGAAUAAUUUCCCUAGACUAUGAAUAGCCCUUAUUUUUCACUGGGAUAAUACAACGUACGAAAUACACAAACUCACUCGAAAAUUGCUAUAUAGGGAGGGAAGAAAACGAGAAAGCGUCAAAAUUGCUACCCGCAGGAAGGCUGAGGAAGAUGAGACGCGGAGGAAAGAUUGAAUAAUUUCCCUUGGUUCGGUAGUGGCACUCCUUUUUGUUUUAUUGUAACUUUUCACGGGAAGAAGCAGACCACGUUAAUCAUUUUAAUCACGUUUAACACUCGUUUAAUUUUCAUCUCUCGCUACUUUUAGUUCCCAAGUUUCAUCCAUACUCAGAAGAGGAACCCUGUAACACAUUUGAAGGUAAAUAGACACAAUUAUUAAAUUUCACGUAGAAGAAACGGGAAGUUAUAUUUACCCUUCCUUAAUAAGUAGAAUAAUCAAAUUGGGUUAAUUCCUUCAGAUUCCGUUGAUUAAUAAGUGGUCUCGUUGACGGAACGGUCGAGUUAACUAGCGAUACACAAACAAGCUUUUCCGAAGUCUGAAAAAAAAAACAGAACAGCGAAAAAGGGACGGUUGAAAGACUAACAAGACAGAAGCAAGUAUUUGCCUCUCAUUGCUUUUAUGAUAUCAUUGAAUACCCUGAACUAAAACCGUGAAAAUUUUUAACCAAUAAAAUCACAGUAUUUUUAAAAGAUGUUGUGUUACAAUGAACUAAAAAUAGUAACCUAAUAUCGAGUGUUUCCUCAAUGCAGGAUCCUGAUAUGUUCUGGGACUUCAUCACCCUUCGUCCAGAGACCACUCAUCAAGUGUGCUUCCUGUUCAGUGACCGUGGAAUUCCUGAUGGGUACCAGCACAUGAAUGGGUAUGGAAGUCACACCUUCAAAAUGGUGAACGACAAAGGGGAGGCUGUCUACUGCAAAUUCCAUGCUAAGGUAUGCAAGCUGUGUUUCGAUUAUAUCUUUCUCGCUAAGGCGUAGCAUGCUAAGUGUUUGUAAUCGUAAACGGGGUUGUAAUUUAUUGUGAUCCUUUUUGCUACUUGUGUGAACGUGUGUGCCCGUGCGGUUAACACCUCGAACUCCGGAUCUGGAAGUCCGGGGUUCAAGCCUCGCCUGUGGCGUUGUUAUUUAAUUAGACAAGAAACUUUACUCCACUUUGUCUCUCUUCAUCCAGGUGUAUAAAUGGGUACCGGCGACAAACUGCUGGGGGGUAACCCUGCGAUGGACUAGCUUCCCGUCCAGAGUGGAGUAGCAAUACUCCUAUGCAUGCUUCAUGCUAAGGAAACCGGGAUAAGCUCCGGCCGUUUGGGCCUUUGACUCGUGUGCGCCUUUACCUUUUUUUAUUACAGCAAAAUUAGACGGAGUUGUGCUGGAGCAAUUAAUAAGAUGUCUGCAUUUUCAUAUUAUCAAUUAUUACUUGGCUGAAAUUAGUUUCUUUAGCAGAGCUUUCAAGUGAAAGUAUCAUGUAUAGCUAGGGUAUGAUAUAUAAAAUCUACUAAGACGAGACCCACGUCGAUCCACGUCGUUCCUUUAUCUUAUAAUAUAUUAAAAAUAUAUAUAUUAAUCUUAUGUUAAUAAAAUAUUAUUAACAAAAAACCUUUCCUUUUUUUCUUUUGACAGACUGAUGAAGGAGUAAAAAAUCUGUCCCCUGAGAGAGCAGAGAAGUUGGCUGGUUCCGAUCCAGAUUAUAACAACAGAAUGCUUUACAAUGCCAUUGCUAAUGGAAAGCACGUGAGUAAUGAGCUAGCGAACGUUUGAUUUUUUGUGUAUACAAUCGAAUUUGAUGAAAGCAAUUUCACUUCCGUAGGCGGUUGUUUCCCUCAGAAGUUAGAUGUGUAUCGAGUUUUGCCAGUCAAAGAGCGGACAUAACAAUAGCUCACACUAAUUACUGUGGGGACGAAACGGUCCCUUCCCUAAACAUACUCUAAUUAGAAGACAGACCAGACAGACCAGUCAGUCUAGUCAGCAUAGGGGUCUACGUCCCCUACACUUUCUGUACGAUUGUCACUUGUGUGGAGGGUCUUUAAUGACCUCUUUUGAAUGGCAAAGAAGCAUGUGAAUGGGUUUUUUCGAUUAAAUCGAAGUCGCGACGAUCGCUAUUAACAAAGCGACGAUCUUAAAGAUUACUGGCGACGGUCGUAUUACCAUUCCAAUGACGUUUGACAACAUAAGACGUGCGAUGGCAGCAAAGAAAUCUACCGAAACGUGUGCUGCACGUUCAGAUUUUUUGUUUUGUCUUGUCUUUUUGAUUUUCGCGUUUCCGUCGUCGUCGUCGUUGUAGGUUGGUCAAGCUCGCUUAUAGUGUUAUCACGCAAGACAAUUCUUGAUAUGCGACGAUUUAUUUUGUUGAAAAUAACGCCGAUUUGAUGGAAAACGCGCGACGAAAACGACAUUCGCAGGUACCUUUCAGCCCAUAGAGAGGCUCAUUACUACAGUGUAUAAUGCCAGAAAAGUGACAACUUGCAGUGGAAGGAGGCUGUUGACAAUCAGUUGCUUAUGCUAGAGUAUUAACAAUUGUAUUUUCCCUUUCUUGUAGCCAUCUUGGACUAUGUACAUCCAGGUGAUGACCUUCGAACAGGCUGAAAAAUCCUCAUUCAAUCCAUUUGAUCUUACCAAGGUAACCUGCUGAUACUGUGAUUAACUAUACCAUGAAAGAAAUGGUCAACUCCGCUUCGAACCCUGCCACGCCACUUUCCAUGCGGCAUUUUUUUUUUCAGUUUCACCAUCACUGAGUAAUUUAGUCCCUUUUAAAGGUCUGCAACUCUUUUAUUCUAAGCAAUUUUUGACGCCAUGUCUAGUUUUCAAUCUUCUCAGUUGACAUCAAAUUUUGUCACAUUCUUUUUUACCCUCAUAAGCUCAAUAGAAUUAGAUUUCUAAUUUGCAUGUAGUUCUAUUGACGUCGAUAAGAAUUUUUAAAUUGAGUGCGUUGUGCUGUCUUUGUUCCCAGAUCUGGCCACAUUCUGAAUACCCUCUGAUCCCAGUUGGCAAGAUGGUCCUCGAUCGCAACCCGUCGAAUUAUUUCGCCGAGAUUGAGCAGAGCGCCUUCAACCCUGCCAGUAUGGUUCCUGGAAUUGAAGCAUCUCCGGACAAGAUGCUUCAGGUAUAGUAAGGGACAAAACGAGCUAAAAUGCAACCGAACCGAGAUCCGUGUGUCCCCCGUUUCUUAGAUUUCGAAUUCUUCCCUGAGACUAAGCCUUUUUGAUAUGUACAAUGUUAUUCGAUGAACGACCUUUUUUCGAGGAAGUGUUCUUUCAACAUAUCUUAUCUAUGACUGAAUAUUUGUAUCAGGGUCGACUGUUCUCAUACCAUGACACCCACCUUCACCGACUGGGAACCAACUACCUCCAGCUGCCAGUGAACUGCCCUUAUAAAACCAGAGUGAGCAAUUACCAGAGGGAUGGACCACAGACAUAUGACAAUCAAAGUAAGUCCGCUAUCGGUUGUAAGGAUGUAACUUACGCAUUGUUAUAUAGCUCGGUUGACGCGGGAGUGCCUGGAUGACCUGACUCGUCCCCAGUCCUCUCUUGAAUCGCAUGCGGCACGCUGGGGACGGAACACCAGAAGUGUGACCGAAGGGAAUGAAUUCGAGGGGACCGCGCUUUAAUAGAAGACUGAGAGACGACUGGGGCUGAGUCAGCAUUUCGACAACUUGUAGCCUCCCGUGCAGUCACGGUUUCUUGUGGGGGAGGAACGCGUGACAAAGUACUAAGAACCUCUUCGUGAGGCUAGACAACUUAUCAUGCUAAGGGCUGGUCAGAUUAAAAAUUUACAUUGAUGUACCAGCUAAAUUUGACCUCGAUUUUAGCGUUCACAUGUUUGUACUGCUGGGUGCCGUCUGAAUUUAUGUACGGUUUGUUUGGCUCCGUGUACCCGUGUAAACUGAACACCUAAACGCAAGAAUAAGAAUUUUUUCGAAAUUUCAUUCAGUUCCUUAUGAACAUGGCCUUAGUCUGAUCUAAAAAGUUUUUUUUUUCUUUUCAGAUGGCUGCCCUAAUUAUUUCCCCAACAGCUUUAGUGGUCCCAAGGAUGACGUUGCCAAAUAUGCACCAAGCAAAUUCCAAGUAACUAAGAAGAUUAUAAGAUUCCUGAUGAGUUUGAAGAGUCUUUACCUUAAUAUUGAUUAAUUAAUUAGUCUAAAAAAUGUUCUGACCUGGAGGUACGACGCUGUGUUAUUGUAUCUUUUAGGCAUCUGGCGACUGCAAGCGUUAUGAGUCUGGAGAUGAAGACAAUUUCUCUCAGGUGAGGAAAAGUUCCUGUAACUGCAUUCAUUUGAUUGAAUGAAUGAUUGAUUAAUUGAUUGAUUGAUUGAUUGAUUGACUGAUUGGCCCCUUCGUCUUUUGACCUUUUUUGGGGUCUCAACGAAAUUUAACAUUGAAGUAGUUUAAUAUCCGACAGUGCCUGGAAAAAGAUCUGAAAAUUUGAUUACGAUUGUUAUGAUGUUUUUACUGGCAGGCACCUAAAUUCAGUGAAUGGGUUUUUUGGGGAUGGUUAGUAAAAUUUAGUGAAGUAUCCAGUAAAAGGAAAUAUUGUAUGUGAGGAUUAUAAGAUUAUCAGCACUUGAUAGUUGGUUUCAAUUAUCUUUUUCAACUCUAUUUUCGCUAUCAUUAUUUAUAGGUUACCCUUUUCUGGGAGAAAGUGCUGGAUGAAGCCGGAAGGGAUCGCUUAGCAAGCAACAUUGCAGGCCAUCUGAAAGAUGCUCAGGAAUUUAUCCAGAAACGAGCUGUAAGUCAUUCCCUUUGACUGAAUCAAAGCUAGUCAGUUUUAUUUACAUGUAUUGAUUCCGCCCAGUGCUAUCGUAUGAGGUCACCAAUAUUGAUUUUGACCUGGGUCGCCAGGAAAAUUAUUCGUUGUUGUCGACAUAGACGGAUUUUUAAGACGACAGAUUUGAAAGGAAAGGAAAGAUCUCCGUUUAAAGUCUUGUCCUUGCGGUAGUUGACGGUCCGUUGUAGAGUUACAAAUAACUCACUCAGCCAUAUUAACUGACUGCGUUGCUUGCGGUUUUGUUUGGCGAGCGGCGCGAAGGAGUUCUCCCUGUUUCUGCUCCGCUCUCCUCGCGGUUUCCAGCUCGCUUAUGCUGACCCUUCCGUUACCCCUCCCCAACAAAACCGUCAGUUACGGCGGCUACAUCCCAUAAUAAUCACAGUUGUAUAUCUUGUUGACUUUCAGGUGGCUAAUUUUUCCAAAGUGCAUGCUGACUUUGGAAACAAAUUGCAGAAGGCUCUGGACAAGUACAAACAGGUACGCCCAGCUUCGAUCAACUGCAAAUAA